AAGAUUGUUAGCGUAACGACGAUAACCUCAGCACUGAAUGAUAGACUUCAAAUGAUAAGCUUUCAGUAAAAGUUAUGGAUGAGAAUUACGAAACUUGACAUAAUAACGAUGGACCAGAGACAACAGUCGGCAAGCGUAUCGAAAGUUUCGAUAAGAUAAGAACAACGAUUAUAACGACGUACAUACCAAAACUUUUCAAGUUUCUAAGAAAGAAUUUACCUGACAAAGGUCGUGGAUGAUUGCUUCAGACAGGAUGCCAGACUCAAUGCCAAAGGGUUCGGAAAAAGUUGUCUGGUCAACAGUGGUUAUCAGAUUAUAUGGCAAAGAAGGUGGUCCCGAGUUAUUGAGUCCAAGGUUUAUGGAACCCUCGUAAGGUCAUGCUUUAUUCACGCUGCUCGAUGCACCAGCAUAAUCUGAAACGAAAACAAAGUGCAGCAUCGAUGCAAAGGAUGCACACGAUACAAUCGGAGUAGGAUGAAUGAUUAAUACUAGAAUCAUGUAAUAGUUUAGAAUUCCUGUAAAGCAACCCCUUAUUCCGGAUCGCACAGUGCAGGUUUGUGCGGUGCAUAUAAACGAACUAUAUUAUGCGAUUUUCAAAGUGCAUCUUCUUCAGUAUUUAUCGUGUGUACACAACAAAGAUGUAUUUACAGAAGAAUUUUUAUAUUCGUGAUAUUGAAAAAAAUAUCUAUUUCUUACCAACGCACAAGAGUUUUCUUGAAUCAGGAUUCGAUAUAGAUAAUAGAAUUUUAUAUCUGGAUACCCAUAUGACUAGUAGAAACAAAUUGUGUGUCCUAUAGUUGAAAAUUCUCUCAUCAAUAUUUAUCACAAGUGGAAUCAAUUUCGAGAGUAUUAUAUAUUCCUUUGAUUUAUAGGCGGAACACAUGGUGGACGCAUUUGUUAUUUGGAUGCCAAUAGUGUAAUUCAUUGGGAUUUAUUGGCCCAUUACAAUUACGUUGACGUAUAAUACGGAAUCUAAGCACGACUAAGCUUCGCGGGCGUCAUCAGCAGUCAUCGGCUGCCGCCAAGAGUGCUUGCUAUUUGAAUAAAUCGAAUGGAGAAACGUUGUUAUGGAUCUUUUUUUUUGAAUGAUCCGCAACGUCAUCGUUCACGAUGCGUUAUCUUGGGAAAACGCAAUGGCGAAGAUUCGUAUGGGAUUAAAAUUCUUGGAAGACAUUUCUAUUCCACGUGAGAUCUUAGAGACUACAUGUGGAAUUUUAAUAAAACACUCCCGCCUCUUUGGUCUCGGAUCUUUUGCUCAUAAGGUGUCCCGAAGAACAGAAAGCAGGAUAAAUGCACAGUUCAGUCAUUACGUCGAUCGUGGCAGGAUUAUUGGCAGAUCGAUACGUCUGGCUUUAUUGAUCCUAAAGCGACAAUGACCCUCGUGAGUCUCAGAGUGGCGGUGGUACAUUCAAGGUGAUUAAUUCUUGAAACUGCGAAUCUGAGCGGCGUCUUUCUUCGAUCUUCUCUUCACGAGACCAUUCGUUCGGGUUUUAUCUUACGGGUCGCCAUGCAACUCCAGUGCAUUCGACGUGAUCACAGGAAAUCGCAGUGCGGUGCGAUUUGCUAUUCGGGAAAGAAGAAUUCUCUUCUGUUUUUUUACUUUAUCUUCCUCGUAAUUCUCGUAUCUGUGCUUGGGUACCCCCAAAGGACGGCAUUGGAUUCUCCAGAGAACAUUCGGCUAUUUCGCAGUCUGCGCCAAUGGGCAUUGAAUUUCGUGGGAAAAUCCGGCGAGGAGGGCGGACCGUUCUUGGAAAUUGCUCGGAGACAAAAACGUGUUCAAGAACAGAUAUCAAACGACGAUCCUUUUCCAUGCGAUGUUUCCGUGGGCAGGUCUCCAGUGAUUCCGACAUCGGUGCACAAACUCAGACCUGGCGACAUCAAGGUGAUCGCAGCGAUGGGCGAUUCGUUGACGGCAGGAUUUGGCGCCCUGGCGUCGAACCUGUUUCACAUCUUCGUCGAGAACAGAGGCGUUUCCUCAAUCGGUGGUGGUCAGGGUACUUGGAGAAAUUUCCUGACCUUGCCCAACAUUAUCAAAGAAUUUAAUCCCAAAUUAAUCGGAUACGCCCUAUCAGAUUCUUACACUAUUCACAAAGCUUCUCAGUUCAACGUAGCCGAGACCGGAGCAAUGUCGAAAGAUACUCCUUACAUGGCAGAAAUUUUAGUGAAGAGAAUGAAAAGUGAUCCAAGAGUGAACAUCGAAAAGGACUGGAAGCUAAUCAGCUUGAUGAUCGGCCCGAAUGACUUCUGCUCUGAAAUGUGCUGGAUCUCUUCACCCUGGUCCAUAUUAAAGAAUCACAGGGAAGACUUGAUCCAAGUAUUAAGGACUCUCCGGGAUAAUCUUCCAAGAACUCUGGUGUCUAUAAUCUUAUCGCCAAGUAUGAAAAUCCUUGUGAAUCUUACAGCGAGACCAUUUCCAUGUGAUCUCACCAAUGACUUGGAAUGCUCCUGCAUGUUUGGCCUGAAAUGGCGAAAACAAAGAUCAGAAUUCUACUAUAUAAUGGAACAAUGGCAAAACUUGGAGGAAGAAAUAUCCAGGAUGUCAGAAUUUCAGAAGGAUGACUUUACCGUGGUAACGCAGCCGUUUACAACCAACAUUAGCAUUCCAGUGAAUUCUGAUGGUUCGACGGACUGGACUUUCCUGUCUACCGACUGUUUCCACAUAAGUCAAAAAGGGAACGCCAGAGUGACAAACGCCGUAUGGAAUAAUCUUCUGGAAUGUCCGCAGGAGAAGAGUCGUAGCUGGGAUGAGACGUUUAAAAGAUUUUUGUGUCCUACAGUAAAGAGAUCCUAUAUCGCAACGUGGAAAAAUUGUGGCACAGAAAUGAAGAAUCGAAGAAAAAAAAGAAAACGGCAAAAGCACUCGAAGACACGUACGGAAGAAAGUGUCAGCAUGCUUGACAGCGACAGAUCCUCCAUGGAAAUGCAGAACGCUGGAAUUAGCAGGUUGUUCCUGAUAGGAUUUCUAAUACUGCCAUCCAUGGUUCAGGCAGCAUCCUUCAUGGAUAUUAUACGAAAUAUCUUCCAAUCGGCAAGAAACGACGUUGAUGAAACUGGUGUUGUAUAUCCAAAUGUAGGAGACAACGUACGCAGACAACCUGUAAUUCCAGACCAGGUGCCAUUCCCAUGCGACAUUAAUCUUGGCAGGUCUGCUAUUCCACCAAAUAACGUACAUAAACUCCGACCCGGUGAUAUCGACGUCGUCGGGGGCUUGGGCGACUCCUUAGUGGCUGCCAGUGGCGCCCUGGAGGAAUUCGCAAUCGGAACCUUCAUCGAAGCUCGAGGAGUCAGCUGGUGCGUAGGAGGUCAAGCUGAUUGGCGCAGAUUUUUGACGCUUCCAAAUUUUAUUAAGGAAUUCAACCCUAAUCUGACCGGUUACUCGACCGGAACCGGAGAAUUUAUAUCCUCAAAGGCAAGGCUAAAUAUAGCGUUCCCUGUGGCCGCCACGGAAGAUGCUCUUCAGCAGGCGCGGAUCCUGGUUCGAAGAAUUCGAAACGAUCCAAGGAUAGAUGUAAAUAAGCACUGGAAGUUGAUAACCAUUCUCUUCGGAGCAAAUGACAUCUGCUCGGCGCAAUGUUACAGUCCAGAAAAUUUCUCACCACUUCGACACGCUCUUCACUUGCGAAGAGCCCUGGAUUAUCUGAGGGCUGCGCUCCCGCGCACAUUAGUCAACCUCAUUCCAGCUAUCGAUGUCACAGUUUCCGUCAGAGUGCCUCAUAGUACAAUGUGCAAUAUUCUGCAUCCACUCUACUGCGCCUGCAUGCACAAAGGAAGCAAACCUGACAUCAAAGCUUCCACGAUGUCCCGAAUGUACCAGCAGGCUGCUGAGUCUUUGGUUUCAUCUGGAAGGUACGAUACCACACCUGAUUUUGCCGUAGUAUUGCAACCCUUCACAAAACUGUUCAAUGCACCAUAUUCAGAUCCAUCUACAGCUCCACCCUUAGAUCCCACGCUGGUUACGUACGACUGUUUUCACUUUAGUCAAAAGGGACACGCCUUGGGCGCAAAUCUUCUUUGGAACAAUAUGCUGGAGCCAGUUGGGAACAAGACUGACAGUGGACUACCAAAAAUCCUAGAAAGAGUUCUGUGCCCCAGUAAAAGCAUUCCAUACAUCUUUACCAACGUCAACACAAGGAAUUUCCGCGAGACCGGAAAUCAGGAUGGAAUUGUACCCAGAUAGCGUUAACCUCAAUCACGUCCCACGUUGGAAGCCAGUAAACUAUUUUCAUAGAAAUUUUGGUAUCGUUUCGGAUACUGCAGGGUAUCAGACAAUUUGGUGUAAGCUGUAUGUACAGCACCAUUUAAAACGAGAAACAACAAGGAAAAAAGUCAAUCUAAUGUUACAUUAGAAUUUCGACUACCCAGGUAAUUACUGCCUGAGGCUUUUGUUACUCGAAAGACGAUAAACUCAGGGCUAGUGACAGUAUCAUAAUAAUAUUAAUAAAUUAUAUGACAGACAUA